CGUUCCGCUCGGUCAGAGGAGCCCCCGAGCCCAGCCGCGCCGCCCAGUACCCUGGCCGGUACGGGGCGCGCGCAUCCCCCGCGGUCCCCUCGGCCGUCCCGGGACUCAAUACUGGCAGGCAGCGUGCAGGAGGAGGAGGAGAGCGGCGAGGUCAUGCGUGCCGCGGCCACGCCGGGGCUCAACGCGUCCUGGUCGGCGCUCGCCAACGCGUCGGGCUGCCCGGGCUGCGGCGCCAACGGCUCGGAUGGCCCGGGGCCCGCGCCGCUGCUGCUGGACGCCUGGCUGGUGCCUCUGUUCUUCGCUACGCUGAUGUUGGUCGGGUUGGCCGGGAACUCGCUGGUUAUCUUUGUCAUCUGCCGCCACAAGCAGAUGCGGACGGUGAGCAACUUCUAUAUCGCUAACCUGGCGGCCACCGACGUGAUCUUCCUGGUGUGUUGCGUCCCCUUCACGGCCCUGCUGUACCCGCUGCCCGCCUGGGUGCUGGGCGACUUCAUGUGCAAGUUUGUCAACUACAUUCAGCAGGUCUCUGUGCAGGCCACGUGCGCCACCCUGACUGCCAUGAGCGUGGACCGCUGGUACGUGACCGUGUUCCCGCUGCGCGCCCUGCACCGCCGCACGCCGCGCCUCGCGCUGGCCGUCAGCUUGGGCAUCUGGGUGGGCUCGGCCGCCGUUUCUGCCCCGGUGCUCGCCCUGCACCGCCUCUCCCCGGGGCCGCGGACCUACUGCAGCGAGGCCUUCCCCAGCCUCGCCCUGGAGCGUGCCUUUGCCCUCUACAACCUGCUCGCGCUGUACCUGCUGCCGCUCGUCGCCACCUGUGCCUGCUACGGGGCCAUGCUGCGCCACCUCGGCCGCGCCGCCGUGCGCCCUUCGCCCACCGACUGCACCUUCCAGGGUCGGCUGCUGGCCCAGCGAGCCAGCGCCGUGCGUGCCAAGGUGUCUCGGCUGGUGGCGGCCGUGGUCCUGCUCUUCGCCGCCUGCUGGGGCCCCAUCCAGCUGUUCCUGGUGCUGCAGGCCCUAGGCCCCGCCGGCGCGUGGCACCCGCGCAGCUACACGGCGUAUGCACUCAAGACCUGGGCGCACUGCAUGUCCUACAGCAACUCCGCGCUGAACCCGCUGCUCUACGCCUUCUUGGGCUCCCACUUUCGCCAGGCCUUCCGCCGCGUGUGCCCCUGUGCCCCAAAACACCAGCGUCGGCCCCGUGGAUCUGCACCCUCAGACCCCGGCACCCCCCUGGCCGAGUUGCACCGCCUGUGCGCCCACCCAGCCCUUGCCAGGUCUCCAAGGCCCGGGAACGGGGAGCUGGGCGCGCGCAGGUUGUGCGUCCUGGGGGAAGUCACCGCCCCUCUCUGAGCACAUUCUAGGAAGCCACCUGCGCCCCUGCGGCCAGUUGUGUCUUGGUUAUUAUCCGUUAUUCAUAUUUUUAUUCUUGUCCCGAAUAAUCAGUGAAAAUGUCGUGUCUAUGUUUUGCACCUGACACCAGUUUGUCACGAUGUUUGCUGUUGGCAUUGUAAUGAUCAUUUCUGAGAUUCCUGAAGCAGAUGUGCUAACAGUCGGACAAGCUGGAUCUUUCCAGAAAGGAUCAGAUGUUUUCACAAGUUGUCUGUGGUUGACUGUACCAUUGUUAAGAUCCAAGCACUUUUAGAGAUAUUAAAAUGUGAGGGACAAUGCACAUCAUAGAA